AGUAGCAAUGACAGGGGUGAGGGCAAGCAGAUUGUUAAAAUCUAAAGACAGAAUGCAUUCUGGUAUUGCAUUUUUGUAGCAGAUUAUCUGCCCACUUUUGUUAGUAACCAGCAAGAAAAUAUGAAAACCAUCAAAAGCCAACUGCUAACCAUUUGGAAUCGGUUAACCUACUGUAAUAUCCCGAGAGAUAGUCCACCUAAAAUCGAGAGACAAUUCAGUGAAAAUAUGAGGUAGGCUAACUUUCAUUGUGGUGGGUAACUUUCAUGUGGGCAACUUUCAUUUUUUUUUUUUUCUAAGCCGGAAGAUUAGGCAGGGUUGAGUUAUCUUUUCGGGGUGGAGCAUCUCUCGAGAUUUUACAGUAGUCUAGUUGGUCUCGGUCCUCUCGGCAGUGAUGUUCUCAAGAUUUUUUGGAAUUGAAGUGGACUGAGUGUAAUGUUAUGAGUCAGCAUGAUGCAGUUCCCAGAAGGUCAUUGUUACUCACUGUUCUUGUAUGUUCUCUAUGUCUUGUGCAGGAUGGGGAGGGAAGCGUAGCCGUUUCUAGUCUUAAGGCCACCGGUGGACAGCAUGAUGUCCAAGGGUGGAGAAGGUGACAUCUCGUCCUGGACAAACCAAGAUCAAGCUGCAGGCAAGAAGGAAUCCAAGGAGGACAAGGCAUGGCAUGGGGUGAGGACAGUGGUGCUGCAGCGGUCCAGCUCGAACGAGGACCUGGGCUUCACGCUGCGGCACUUUGUGGUCUACCCUCCCGAUGCCAUCAAGGCUGCCCGGUUAGCAGGAAAACACCCAACAGUUGUAGAUCCGAGCUGGGACCAGCACAAGCAAGAAGCCAUGGACACCAUCUUUGUGCGAGAGGUCCAGCCUGGAAGUGCAGCUGACAGGGCAGGCCUUGUCACGGGUGACCGUAUUGUCUCCAUCAAUGGGCAGCCUGUCACUGGACGCUCCUAUGCGCAAGUCGUCGAUCUCAUCAAGAGGGGGGGUCUGUCUGUACAGCUUCUGGUUGUUCCCAAAGAAGAUGACAUCCUUCAGCUUUAUUUCGCCAGCGCAGCCUAUCAACCAGUGCGGAGGCCACCAUGGCAGACUUCCCAGGCCCGUCCCAACACUGAUGGCUCUUCUCUUCUUCCACCCCAGCGAGGACGAGGCGUGCCGACCUCCGAGCCGACUUCACCAGUACACUGCACUCCCUCGACGCACUUCCGGCCUGUCAACCCAGCUCGCCGUCGCUUUUUCGGCCUCGAUCCCUCUCCACCACCGGCCAUGACUGCGUCUGCCUCUGCUGCGUCUCCGCCACAGGGCACAACGCUGGGUGAUGCCAUUGUAGAACAAAGCGACCGAAGCAACCAGAGCAACUUGCUUGCCUCACAGCCCAUGUCUCUCAGCUACCCGUCCUACCGAACGGCUGAAGUUGGCGUGCCCCGGCCAACCACCUCGUCCAAGAUGCCUCCGAGUACAAGUGUUCCCAUGCACCUGGGAACUCAGUUCCUCAAGCCAGAAGACCCUUGGUCCACCCAAGUCCAAGCAGACAGUGGUAUUGGGAGCGUGGAAGACGCCGAUUCUAAGCAGACAGCGACAGUAACGACGACUGUGACGACUACGACAGCAACGACUCAUUUGGACAUGGCUACCGACGAUCAUUCCUCCCUAAACCUCGUUGCACAGCGGUUACAUCUGUUCGAAUCGGGGGGCCUUCUUGCACGCUCACUCGAGAGGAUGAAGCUGUAUCGGAGUGAGCUUGCGCGGCUAACCUCUGGCUGUCCCGUGCCGAUUGUGUCGGUGCGCGCAGCCAAGUUCGAGGAGAUGGACGGCUCGGGCUCAGAUGGCCGCAGGGGAGAUGGUGCAUCGGAGACCUCGUCACUGUCAGCAGCACCGCCGGUGUCCUUUGACCGGCUGCUGCCCUUGUCAUCACCCACAUCACGCAUCCCUUCAUUUGAUCGGUCACCUGAUAGCCCCAUUUUCGAAGAGAAGGGGUUCUCCUCAUUACCUGACCAAAGCACCCUUGCCAGGAGCAAUGAGGGGAGCUCGCCGAACCUUGACAAUGGCGCUGUCUGCCAAACGGAUGAUUUUGUCUCGCCAGAGGUUGCCUCAUCUGUUGUGUAUAGGAGAAAAAAUGGUUCUCAAGAAGACAAGGCUCACCCGGCACGACGAACGUCGUACCUUCGAGCGACUGCAAACGAACGCCUUCACCUGGAAUCGGACCAGAGCGAAGAUGAACAACACUCCGUUUCUAGCACUUCGUCCACCCCAAGUGGAUCUCAUCGAAUCCAAAGGCUAAAGGCAUUCUUUGGCGACAAGGCUUCAAACUCAUCAACGCCUGGGGUGGAUGGGAAGAAUGAAGAUUCAGAGGAACGGCAACAGUCACAACAGCAGCAGCAGCACCAGCAGCAGCACCUGCAGCAGCACCAGCAGCAGCAAUUGCAGCAACCUGAGGUGACAGGCGACGUCCAGGGCUGGCUUGCCUGCAAGACUGUGCUUGUGGAUGGCAAGAGGUCAAGCGACCGCUCCUGGCGGCCUGUCUGGGUGGUCCUCAAGGGUGACAAGGUGUACAUACUAAAAGACCGAAAGGUGGGCUUUCUGAUGACCAUAGAUUUUGCCGAAGGUUCACGUCUGUCAGUACGCACUUCGAUGAGCGACGUGGCACGCGACUACACCAAGCGCAAGCACGUGUUUCGCCUCCGCAUGGAGUCAGGCACCGAGUACCUUUUCCAGGCUGACAACCACACCCGCAUGAUGCAAUGGGUGGACGCCUUCCGGCAGAUCACCGCCGAGGACUCUGAGGUGGAGGAGCUAAUGCGCAGUGACCAAACAGUACUGGAGAAAGCGCAGGCCUUUGAGCAGAAUCGCCUGUCACCUAGCAACGCUCCACCAGCCGUGUUGCGGCCGGCACCUCGCAAGCUGGCUUUGCGUCACCGCUCGCCCACAUCAGGAUCACCCCGGGUGAAGUCCCGACGGGCCUCCCUCGGGGCUGCCUGUGGUGUUGCUGCAGAUGAGCCGUCGUUGAAGGCAGUGCACAUGUGGCGAGGCAGGGUGGUGCACGGCUGGAAGAAGUUCCACGGGUCGCUGGCUUCCCUCCCACCGAAGGGGCACAGCAUAGGGGUGCCCCUGCACGAAUGCCCACCAUCCCACGAGAAUCAGUAUGUCCCAUGGCUGGUGAGCCAGUGCUGCCGCGUCGUGGAAGCAAAGGGCCUGGAGACCGUGGGUGUGUAUCGCAUCCCGGGCAACAGUGCUGCUGUAGCCGCCCUCUCUGCCACAGUCAAUGGCACUGGCGGACCACUGGACUUGACCGACCCUCGAUGGGGUGACGUGCACGUGGUCUCCAGCCUGUUGAAGGCCUUCUUCCGGCAGCUGCCCGACCCCCUGGCCGGCUUGUACCCGCGAUUCAUCGCCGCUGCCCGUGUACCACAGGGCGCUCAACGUCUCGCUGCCCUUCGAGCGCUGGUACAAGAGCUUCCUGUGCACAACUUCGAAACCCUCAAGUUCCUCAUGCAGCACCUCAAGAGAGUGGUGGCCCACAGUGAAACCAACAAGAUGGAGGCUCGCAACCUGGCUAUCGUUUUUGGACCAACGCUGGUGCGGACAGCCGACAACAGCAUGUUGACAAUGAUAACUGACAUGUCACACCAGUGCCACAUCACCGAGGCACUCAUCAACUAUGCGGACUACAUCUUUAGCCCAUCUGAUGAGGCCGCAGUCCCGGACCUGCCACUGGAUGUGACUGCCCUGUCAGACACUGACUCUUCAGUUCUCUUAGGCAACCUACAUAAAGUUGGUGGCCAGGCAGCAGGCAGCAACCCGGAGGUGUCCCCCAGAGACCUGGUCUCGUCACUUGUGAGCGCGGCCAACCGCAAGCUGCGCCAGCGCAAGCUGUCCCUCACCGUGGAGAGCAGUAUCCCAAGCACUGUCGGAGGGCCUCUGAAGCCCGGCUCACGGGUCAAGGACAAGAUCCUGGCUUUUGAGGGCAAAGUGGGCGAAGACUCAACCAGCAAGGCGGCCAGCAAUGGCUCACUGCCUGCAGAGAGCAGCUCACCACCACCUCCCCUCUCGGCCGGCUCCAGCAGCUACCCUCCGUCCCCAACACGGACCCUGCUGGGAUCCCCACCCCAAACGCCCUCUGUGUGCUCAGAGGACUUGUGCUCAUCGCUGGCCAGCGGGAGUGCCUCACCGCGUACCUACGGACAGCUGAGUGCGCUAGCGCAGCAGAAGGUGCGCCAUCUGGAGGAAGAGACACGAGCCCAGCUGCGGGCUUCCUCUCGCCGCUGCUGGCCCCCACCCGCGUGCCCUGGUGGCCCUGCUCAGCGCGAGCAGAUCGAGCGCGACUGGCAGCGUGCCAAGCAGGAGCUCGAGCGCGAGGACCUGCUCGACUUCCUCGCUGACGAACCCACGGCCUACCUCAGGCUGCUUGGAGGCGGCAGCGGCACACAGCAGCAUCAGCGAUCAUCUCCCGUGCCUUUCAGUCCCCUCGUCGGCGCUGCAGCAGGCACCUUCUUUCGAUCACCGCAGGUGAACCAAGCAUCACAAGCAUCACCAACAACAAGCUCAGAUCUACCCCAGAAGGACUUCCACGUACACGGCAUUAUUGAUGAUGUCCAUACGCCUGCCAGCUGCCCGGAGACAUUCCAUCAAUUCACAGCAUCGUCGCAGCCCAUGGAGUCUCCAUCCAGCCAAGCCCUCAUGCAGCCAUCAGCUGCAAGCCUCUUUGACUCACUGCAUGAGAAGGAGAACAUCCCGCAGAAGAUGGCAACAUCAUCAUCAGGGGGUGCAUCGUGUGGCUCUGCAGUGACCUAUCGCUGCAAGAAGCAGUGUUUGAAUGGUGCUUCAACACGCUAUGCCAUCUAUCGUGUAGACGACGAAGCGGCAGGGGCGGGGCGACCACAGCAGCGGCACUCAGAGAACGGUGUGGUUGCUGCAUUGGUCAGCCGCCUGGUUGAAGGCGAGGCAACGGCACCUCUCAUUACAAGUGGCACACGUCGACGACCCCUGUCCUCUAUGGGACUCCAGCGGCGACACACCAUCGGGAGCUCGCGUGACGUCAAGUUCCACCCGUUUCCGUCUGUGCGUAAGGUGCCCAGUGGCCAGCGGACAGAUGACGGGGGCGAGUGGAGGAGGACUGCGAGCUUGCGGGUGGCCUCACCUGUCUGAGAGACAUGGGUUGGUGACUGUGGGCCGAGACAUUGCUUCUGAGGCAGAGAGCAGGACGGUGAUGGCGAGAAUGUUGGCCUCCCUUCUGCCAGGCGACUGUACACAUGCAGGCAGACAAACAUAUAUUGGGGAAAAAGCUUGCCGGUGGUGCUUCAGGCAGGCUUUUCUGUGUAGUUUGUGCCUUGAAAAUCAAGCCUACGUGUUCUGGCACAAUAAGUAUAACCUUGCAGAGAAAGCCACGUUCUGAUGGUGUGCCUGUCUAACUGGCAUUAGUUACAAGCAGGUGGGAACAAUAUUAGCUUAAAUUUUGAGAAAUAGGAAAUGUGCUUUUCAGAGAGAAAUUACCUAAAUAAUCAGUGCAUUCCACAAGCCCAUGCAUGAGAUCAACAUACUCAUGAAGUUUCAAUCUGAAGCCUGAAGUUGCCUUCUAUGUAACACGAUCAGCAAGGCACAAGAUCUAACAGGGAUGCAAGUUUGCAAUACAGUUUUCCUUAUAUGAAGGUGCAGGGCACCAAGUGGUGUCCUCGUUAGCAAAAUAAUUGUUUUAUAUGCUUCACCAGCUUAAAUCUGCAUAACAAAAAAAUUAGUUCUUGGGCACAAUACAUCAUCAGCAGUGUGGACAACAGAAGUGACAGGCCGUGGUAGUGGCAAUGAAAGAAUGUUUUGGUAGCUGAUAUCAAUGUAACUUGGAUGACAUGUUUGACAAGUUUAAUGAGCAUUAGUUGAGCUCAAUUCUCAGUUGUAAGCUCUGGAACUGGCAUAUGAGUGGCAUUGAGAAAGACCACAGGCUUGGCUUGUGUGUGGGCAAACCGUAAUGCAGGAUUUCUUGGCACAGAUUACUAGCUGUCACCUUUUACAUGAGAGCCUAGCCUGAGGCCCCUCUGGUUCUGACAGGCACAGAAUGUGAACUUCAAGGACUGCUAGGUUGUAGAAAGUUGCCCAAUGAACACCUUGUGUUCAAAAUGCUAGACGACAUUGCUUUUCUUGUAGCUGCCCAAGCUUGGGCGCCUGCAAAACAGUGAGAUCUCCCUUCUUCUUUCGUCCAUAUCUUUGUUUUUCGCACUGCACACACCAUUUCUUUUCAUCCCUGUUCAUCUCAAAGCGACUGCUUUGAAAGAUGUGUUCAUAUUCAAACCUAAUAAUGUUUUUUGUGUUAGUCCAAAGGAAGUGGAGGCAUUUGCAGACGGCAUGUCUGCUUUUCAGAUAGAACAACAUCUGUUGGCGCAUUGUUGUCAUCUGCUGUAUGAUGUGUGGCUUCUGUCCAUAACAGGUACUUUGUAAGCCUUGUGAGCCACACUUACAAUAAUGGGACAGUGUGUGUAGCAGCAUUUUUCUUUGGCACUGUACCUAUUGAAGUAGACUGGCUCAUUGUGGUUUCCGCCAGCUUUUGAGUUUUCAUGCAGUAUGAAGAAAUUCCUGCUCAUUUCCAUUAACAUGGGAAAGUAACUCGUUUAUCGAAUUCAGCUUGUAAAACAAUAGUCUCAGCCACAUGAUUCCCAUGAGAACAUACACCUGUCAGCUGUUGCUCUUCUGGACAAAAAAAAAAAGAAAAAAAAAGAAAUUGCAUCAGAAGUGUUUGGCAGUCACAAAAACUGCUUAUUAGUCAUUAGCAAGAGCUGUUUCUUGCCAGCUGCUUCUUUCUUUCUUUCUUUCUUUCUUUCUUUUUGCUGCGAUUGUGCUACAUAGUUGAUUCUUUUCCUGUGAAGAUCUGCCAGUGCACGUUAGCAUCCUUGAUAUGAUCUCAUUUCUCAGUCUUGGCAUUAGUACCCAAGCUGUUAACAAUAGUCUUUCAAGAAGUCUAGACAAAUGUUCGCUUCCGUCCUCGGUUUUCUUUUUCUUUUGAAUGACUUCAGCUUCAGAAAUUUGAUUUGUUAUUUUGUUACUGCUAUCUAUGUAAGAGCAAAUUUUUAGUUAGAAAAGAUUAUUGUUGGGUGAACAUUAAACAACUGCCUGUAAGUUUUCCUGAGAACUGCAUAACUUUAAAGACAUGACAAUUACAAUAUAUCAAGAGUUGCAUCCUGCCAGUUUUGGUUAUAAUGAUGUUUUGUUGUCUGUAACGCUUGUACAUUUAAUUGUGGCUGAGCAUAAAAGUUCUCAUGGUAACAAAAAGCAAAAAUGUGGGGAUGUCUUGUAAUGGUAAAUAUGACAAGCAUUUGUACAGGUGGUAUGAGAUCAUCUAAAUAUUUGUUGGUUCAGGCAUGACCCCAUAAAUUAGUGAGAGCUGCAGUCAUUUUAAAAACGUUUGAUGGGAUAUUGUCCAUUUCGUAACAUCAAAGUUGGACUGUGUAAUGCCCACUUCACAUUUAAGACCAUCAUUCGUGCCAUGAAUACAAAAGUUGCGUGCAGUAAUGGCUUGUACAUUACAGUGCUUAUUGCUCUUUGGAAUACAGGAUACUGCAAGGGCGUGUGUCAAAGCACUGGUAGGAACAGCUUAGAAUAAAUUUAUUUGAGCUCUAAGAAACGGGUUGUGUGCAGGCAGCAAAAUGUUGGUCCAUUUUAGUUGAAUCAGUUGCUGCAUGCAGUACACGGCUCAUACAUCGGUGACUGGCAACUUUCAAAGUUUGAGCUGGUGGGAUUUGUGCUGGUUUACUCCCAACACCUGCAGUUCUUCGCUUUGAUGCCUUGUCAGACAUGCCACGAGAGCUUAUUACAUGCAGUGAAUCUCAAGGAGUGUGUUGCAAUGGGUUAAUCACUGAAACAAGAGGCCACAAAGUAUAUCAUGCCCUGUUCAACAAGAUAAGACAUGCCCAUUGCGCUCCCCUUUUUGCCAAUGCCUGCCACAGCGACCUAGGUGCAACAGUGGACUGUAGGUAGUUGAUGUCUUCAAACGCGCCCUGCCUGCUGCCGUCACAUCUGCUGCUGCAGCGGCUGUUGUUGUCUUCACUGGUCAACCGCUGCCGUAGUGUGCAUCUCGGAUCCUUUGCGCAUCGAUGCAAGGGCUGCAAGUGUACAGUGUGUGGAGACGCAUAUGUGGGCACGCUGUCUCGAAGAUGUAACUGUGGUUGCCGUGUGUGGACAAGCAACAUGUGCUCGCCAAACCUGGAGAACUGCCUAUAUGACUGGCCCUCUGGGACAGUCGCAUUCGUUCUGAAUGUUGGAAGUUCCUUGUGCAUCCGUGUCUUCUCUAAUCUUGCGUGUAUGUAAGCAGGAGAUCUGCAGGGAUUCAAAGUGCUACCAUCAUCAUUAUGAGGAACCUUGCAGAACUUUUGUGUUGUCCCAUUCCUGCCGUCUAUACAGAAUGAGAAAGCGGUGGCUGCUUCUAGUGCAAUUAUAGGGAGAGAAGACACCUCAUACAUUUUUCUUUCUUUUUUUUUUCCACUGUUGCUCUUUUGUGGUACAACAUUAUCAUUGUUUAUGUUGAUAGCAUUGCCCUUUGACAAUGCCUUGCUUACGGCAGUGGUGGCGAAAUGUCGCCUCUUCCUUUUGCAUUGUACCAUCUUUGUGUGCGACUCAUCUCGAAAGAGAGGGAGAGAGAGAGAGCUUUAGAGAGUAAUAUAUUGUAGCUUGCAAUUCCAAAGAGAGAGAUUGUAAUGGGAGUGGGGAAGAUGGGAAAUCUGGAGGAAAUAUUUACGUUGUCUAUACUAGAGCUUAGACGCACAUAUGUUGUACAUACAGGAGUCACGCAAACUUGCAUGCAAGUGUCUGGAUGAAUGUGCAACAUGCCUAUCGGUUUUCUGUGUUUUUUGCUCGACAUGACCAGUGGAGAUAGCUGACUGGAAGGUUUCAGGCCGAUAUUAGAUUAGAAGUCAAGUUAACUGCGCAUGUGUGGGAUUGACUUUCUGUUGUCAUUAUAUUUACAACUGAUGAAAGCUGAGGCAUUGAAUGAAGGCGUUAUUUCACUGCUAUUCCUAAAAAAUUGCACAGAAAUGUUUUGAAGAUAAUGACUUGGUGCUAAUGAUACAAGGGAGGAAAAUGAACACUUUGUGCCGAAGAUGUGAACAACAGUUUUAUUAUGCAUAUUGUACUAUAGAAGGUGGGAGAUGGAAAUUCAAGGUGAUGAGCGAAAUGAGAACAAGGUGAAAGCUGGAGCCAACACUUUUGACUAGUGGACUUGUCUUUUUCAAGGCAGAAGGUGCUCACCUUGUUCCUUCAUCUUCCGUUGGUGGAAAUCCAGGGAAAACACGCAGAAGGCGGGAGAUGGAAAUUCAAGAAGAUGAGCGAAAUGAGAACAAGGUGAACGCUGGAGCCAACAUUUCAACUAGUGGACUUUUUUUUUCAAGGCCUUGGAAAAGUCAAGUCCACUUGUCAAAACGUUGCCUCCAGCUUUCACCUUGUUCUCGUCUUGCUCAUCAUAUCGCACUAAAGCGGUUCAAGAAAAAGAGCAGCUGACCAGCAGCUAUUUCGAAAGGAUAAACAUUUUGCCUGCCUGCAUGCAUGCUUUUGGCUUUCUCUUAAGCACUUGUAAAUGGCAUGAUUUCAAGAUUAUACUUGUUUCUUUACUUCCUGCAUGAAACAAAGAACGUGCAGUGGCAUCUUGGCAUCCCUGUGAGCUCAAAGGUUUUUACAUAGAGAGCUGUCUCUGAGCCUACUCUGGUUGUUUGCACUGUCUCCUACAUAGUGUCGGCAUUGAUGCUGUGUGCGUUUUUCUCCUAAAACUUCUAGCUUACUUGUUUCAGCCUACAUUCUAUGACACAAAGUAGUAGCACAACGCUGCCAGUUUUUAUUCCUUAAAGUCGCAGUUAAAGAAAGGACCCCACAAACUAUUUCGCAAAUAUGCUUUACUUUUUUUCUUUCUUGCAUGCCAAAAUCGAAAAUUUAUUGCAAGUUUUGCAUGUAUAUGACAUGGGUGCUAAUUAGCAAGUUUUGCUAGGAAUCGUACAAACCAUAUCGAACAAAAACUGGAUAUACCUGUAGAAUAUUUUAAAAACAUGGCUUUUCACGUAGCCCCCUAGUAACAGAAAAGUGAAUAUAUCACAGUGUUAAGUAUAGUAAAUAAUUGCACCUUAUUACUGAAAUUUGAAAGUAGUACAGUAGACUUCCGUUCAGUAAACUCUGGUUAAUUCAAUUUUUUUGGGUUGCUCUGUUCCCGACCAAAGGUCGUCCCGGUCGCCGCCCGUGCAUUUCUAUGGGCCCAAACGUUCGUUAUAUUGAACUUAAAAUUGGCAUAGUAGAAGCAGUGCAAAAACAACGGCAACACAAGACACAAGUACAUAGUGCAGGUGCUGAGCUAACAACUGUUGUUAAUUCAGCGCCUGUCCUUUGUACUUCUCUAUCUUGUGUUGUCAUUAUUUUUGCUCUGCUGUUACUAUGAAGAUCAACCAACUCGCCCAGUUUUGCACUCUAUUAAAGUUGUCAUUCGCCAGAUAAUUUGAACUUGAACAGUCAGCAUGCAUGCGCCUGACCCCUAUGGUGACCCCAAUAAUGACCCCUUUAGUGGCACUAUCUGUCUCGGCGGAGCUUAGGGUAAAGUGACUGUGUUGGAACACAUUUCAUCUCCCAUCGAAAAUGCCUAUUUUCUGCUCACCCUAGGAAGAUAUUGAAGCAAUAACAGUAUCUCACAUUGUCUUAUUAUGAUGUUUACCCAAUUCUAAUGCAUGCUUUCUGUUUUCCAAUAAAGUUGGCUCGGAAAUUGCUUGCACGGUUAAAUCGGAUAGAAAACCAAAACCGCCUUCGUGCAUUCGCACGCUUUAGUGCAUAACGCAAAUGUCUUGCGGCAAAGCUAACUUUAAAAGGCGCGCAGCGAAUUUAACGCAAGAAAACCAUGUGCCAAUCUAAAAAUUAAGUCGGAUGCGCAUUAGAUUUCUACUUUGUUAGGAAACUUAAUGUAAUUUCUACAUUAGUUUUCUACUUUGGAUACUUCAAAAGUGGGCAGGUGUUUGAUUCGGGGGUGUGUUAGACUUGGACAAAUACUGACAAAUGAAUCAGUGAUGUGUCUUGGUGUUUUUUCUGCAUCUUGAUUCGACUGGCCCGAUAAUUCAAUCAGUUCCGGUGGUCCCGUCAGGGUCGAAUUACUGGAAGUCAACUGUAGCGGGACGUGUAAGUGAGCAUGUAGGGAUUGAAUCAGUUAAUACACAGACUGCCAUUGUCUUUCAUGAGGUGGAAGGUGCCGACGUGGUUCCUGCAGUGAUCGUCUCAUGCGAUUAUUAAACACUGGCAUGUGCAGUCUGUGCAAAGGUGCAUACUCAAUAAUCGGGAAAUGGAACCUUGCGAAACGUCCACCAGUAGUUCUGUAGAGCCACACGAUGGCAGUUGUUUAGUGACAUUAGCAUGCCUGUUUUAAAGGAGUACUGACACACGUUUUCCUAGUUUUAGAAACUCUACUACUCACUUGAAAGGAUCGCACUUGUCAAUCACGAAGGUUGGGGAAAUACUUGUGUAUUAAUUUGAAGUUCAUCUCUUAAGUGCUAUUGUGGCGUCAUCAGCAUUAUUGUCACCUCGUAACGUUGCACAAAAUUCCCAGAUGCCUUGUAGCAACAAGGCUGGGUUGCUACACGUUAUUGGCUAACAAGUUGCUCAUAAAAACAUAAAAGUGCUGCUGCACUUGUGUGUGGCAGCUGCAGUGAUCGCAGGAACCAGUUUAUCGUGAUGUUGUGACGUGUCUACCUCGUGGGUACUGAAACCGGUUUGUAGAAGCAUGUAUUGUAGUAAAUUAUCUAGGUUGCUCUAGAUUCUAGGGUUCAGAGGGUUUUUGACCUUGGCUUAAUGCAAAAUACGACGGUUAGGAAACGUUGUGUUGGUACUCGUUUAAAGUGCAAGUUAGCUGCCAUAAUGACUGCGUGUGGGCUAAGCAGGUGUUCAAAGUAUUUUCUUCUCCCCUGUGUUCUUUAUGGGCCCUUUGCCAACACAUCCCUGGAUGUGCAGAAUGGAGGUCACGUGCCGUACUUUCUGUGCAGAGCAUGUAAAACAUUCCAGUCACCUUGCAGCACAUGCGGCAGUGAGUUUAUCAUGAUGCAGGCAGCUGUGUACAUUUCUCUUCCAAAGCCCUUUAUGUAUAGGAGGCACUUAUAGCCUGAUUUUUCCUUCUGUCCUCGCUCCUCUCUGGGCAAGGGAUGUCGUUGCGAUCUUCUUCAAAGUACGCGGUACAGGGGCUACUCAUUAUCUUGUGAUGGACAGCGCUGCUUCAGUUUGUUUAAGUUUUUAGAGUUUAAGAGGGAGGAUUAAAUAAAAUAAAGAAUGGGUGACACAAUUGUUGAUGCUUAGUGUAUUUAUUCCUUGCAUUUGUCGGUACUGUGCCGUCGCUGCAUCUUAAUAUAGGGCACGUGCUUGUUACAAAGCGCAUUUCCUUUUGUCUAGUUUCACUUCCCAAGUCUAGUUAUGCUUGUGUGUGAUGUGUGAAAUCUCAUGACGUAGCGAUAAAUGCCAGCCUGCAGUUGUGGUGUGCAGUAUAUAGACACAACACAUAUAUUUUUUGUGCUGUUCAUUUGACUGCUGUGCUUCAGGCAUGAAAAUAGUCGCUGCUUGUAUCUGACGCCUUUUGGCGGCAGCUUCACUGUUCUGCCUGUAAAGCUGAACCUAGUGUGAUAACCUUGUUCUCAUCCUGUGCGGCUAGUUUACUUUGCUACGCUUGUGUGGCAGCAUUCAUCAAACUCAUAUACUGGAAGCCAAGGGCACGAUUUGUAUUACUUUCUUAUGCCGCAGUGGCUUGUUGCACAAAAGGCAGCGACUUUCGGUAUUGCAGGCCAAUGAUUUUUUUUUUCCUAAUCUUUUCUUUUGGAUGCAUUUAGGUUGUGCUGUUCGUUGAAUGCACUUAUUUUGAAGCUUAGUCUGUUACCGUCUUGCACAGUUUCAGCUCGUGUCCUUGCCAUGCUUCUCUGUAUUACUACAUUGUCACCACUAAUGGGCCUUUGUGUAAGACUGACAGUGUUGUCUCAACAGCAGUUUGGAGUGGAAGUACAAGCUUCAUGUUUUCAGUGUACAGUACUCUUGUGUGUUAUUGGCAAGUCACGGACCUGGAUUAGGGCACGGCUUUGCGACGGCCAAAAAGUCCAUGUUACGUACUUGCACAACAAUGUGCACCGGACCUUUAUGAGCCAGACAUCUCCCUGGUACAUAUCUAUUGUGAACCCUUGCUUGCUCUUUACUGCAAUGUAUCUUAAGCUCGUGAAAUACAUUGGUAUAAAUAUUAUUUAGCUUGAUCAGCAUUGGUUCUAAGGGCAUGAUGGGAAGUAUGUCCACCAUAUUCAUGGAUUUAUUAAUCCGAAGACAGUGGCUUGCUUUACGACGACGUGAAACGUGCAAAGUACUGUACUCGAGCGUUAUUAUUUUAUGUUGCUUUACCAAUGCACUGCUACUGGUUUAUCAAUGCCCUCUUGGCACAUUUUUAUUGCCUCUCUUCCACAAAUCUGCUUUAAAAUCCUGGUUUCCAUAGUUUGGGUGGUAUUGUAACUCUUUCAGAUUUUUAUUUCUUUCAGCAUCAUGGGCUUUGUCGUGUCAUUCACAUUAUCGUGUGCAAUGUGGAGUAUGCCUGAAUGCAUGUGCUGUCCAGCUUGGGUUUCCAGCUCUUUCAGAAAUGUUUCAGCACUGUCUCAGUGGUGUAGUACAGGACACUGACAGAUGUAUCUUAAAAUGCUGCUGCUGUGGUUGUCUGUUUGCUUUAGUCAUCACUCAUGGCUUGAAAUUUCUAUGUAAUGAAGGUUGAGAGGGGCACUGCGGAAUUCUCCAUGAUGGUGUGCGCAUUAUUUGUUCCCAGUGGAUCUGACUGACCGGAUAAGGGUUGGAGCAUGCAGGUGGUUUACCAGUAGAAGGUCUUUCACAAAUGCUAAGUUGAAAAAGAGAAUAUGAACAGCUUCCCAGCUUUACAACCUCGCUCAUUGACAAAGAAUUGCAUGGUGUGCAUGAUUGUGUGGCUGCCACUUUCACACAAAUAAAGAUUGUGUUGCUUGCUGGCCACACUACAAAGUGAGUGGGCUUUGCUGAAUGCUGCCUCCUGCUCCUCUCUACACAUGGCACAGCAAGCAUCAGCCUGUCACCAUUGAAAACAGAUUAACUUAAAAUGAGCUCUGCUUUAGAAUCACGCUGGCUCUUGUGAGCAGCGUAAAUUUCGCAUCAUGUAGAUUUAUGUAUUUUAUGUACAGAUAUGUAAAUUCAUUGAAUUGAAAAAUAAAUUAUUGACAUUGA